AUGGAGAACAUAAGAGCGUUCUUUGCAAAGCCGGAUCCCCAGGCGCAGAUCCGCAAAUGCAACGUGCUCCUCCGCUCCAACAUCCGCAAACUCGACCGCGACAUCGCCGCCAUAAAACAAGUCGAAAUCAAGACCAAAAACCUCAUCAUCCAAGCCGACCGCCGCGGCCAGCGCAACCCCCACCAACAGAAGCAAGCAGCCCGCGAAGUGCGCGACUUCGCCCGCGAACUAAUCCGCACACGACGAGCUGCCGACCGACUCGUAACGUCCAAGGCGCAGCUCAAUAGCGUGCAGAUGCAGGUCAACGAGGCGUUCGCGGUGCGCAAGAUCGAGGGGAGCAUCCGGACGAGCGUGGGGAUCAUGAGGGACGUGAACAGUCUGAUAAGGCUUCCGGCGCUGGCGCAGACGAUGCAGGAGUUGAGCGCGGAGCUCGUGAAGGCGGGUAUCAUUGAGGAGAUGGUGGGCGAGGUGUUGCCGGAGGAGGUGGAGGAGGAUGAGUUGGCGGAUGGAGAGGUGGAGAAGGUGCUCGGGGAGAUUCUGAAGGAUAGGAAGGAAGCGGCGCAGAAGUUGCCGGAGGUGCCGGUUAUGCCGGAGCCAGCUGCCCCUGUGGCCGAGGAGGAGGACGCGGAAGCUGCUGCUAUGAUGGAUCAGAUGAGGAAUCGGCUGGAGGCUUUGAGGAGUUAG